UCAUUCUUCUGUGCGAGGAGAUAGAAUUAGUGUAUCUUAACAAAGCUGAAAAAUAAAACUGAAAGAUUGAAAAAUGUCAAUAGAUUCGCCGUCGAAAACAGUGGCUUAUUUCCUGGACCCGGAAGUUGGAAGCUUUCAUUAUGGACCAGGUCAUCCUAUGAAGCCACAUCGUAUAGCUCUGACUCACUCUCUGGUGUUGCACUACAACCUUCAUAAGAAGAUGGAAAUAUACAGACCAUACAGAGCCUCGGCCCAUGAUAUGUGUAGAUUUCACUCAGAAGAGUACAUUGACUUCUUACAAAGAGUAACACCGAAUAAUGUGACCAAUUUCACUAAACAACUCAGUAUGUUCAAUGUUGGGGAUGAUUGCCCUGUAUUUGAUGGCCUGUAUGACUUUUGUUCUAUGUACACUGGUGCCUCUUUAGAAGGAGCUGUCAAACUCAACAACAAACACUGUGACAUAGCUGUCAAUUGGUCAGGUGGACUACAUCAUGCCAAGAAGUUUGAGGCCUCUGGGUUCUGUUAUGUGAAUGACAUUGUUAUAGCAAUAUUGGAGCUUCUAAAAUUCCAUCCCCGGGUACUUUACAUUGACAUCGAUAUUCACCAUGGAGACGGUGUACAGGAAGCAUUCUACCUCACCGACCGAGUGAUGACGGUGUCCUUCCACAAAUACGGAAAUUAUUUCUUUCCUGGCACAGGUGAUAUGUAUGAGAUUGGAGCAGAGAGCGGCAGACAUUACUCAGUAAAUGUGCCUCUGAAGGAAGGAAUCGAUGAUCAAACCUACAUUCAGCUGUUCCAGCAGAUAAUGAAGUCAGUGAUGGAAUUCUAUCAGCCAACCUGUGUCGUUCUACAGUGUGGUGCGGACUCCUUGGGCAGUGAUCGUUUAGGGUGUUUCAACUUGAGUAUAAAAGGUCAUGGUGAAUGUGUGAGGAUUGUUAAGGAAUUUGGCAUUCCUAUGCUGGUCUUAGGAGGAGGGGGAUACACAAAGAGAAAUGUGGCUCGAUGCUGGACCCAUGAGACAGCAGUGCUUCUUAAUGAGGAACUCAAUAACGAGAUUCCAUUUCAUGAUUAUAUCCAGUAUUUUGCUCCCGAUUUCACUCUUCAUCCUGAUGUCUCCAUUAAACAAGAGAAUCUUAACACAAAACAGUACCUUGAUAAUGUGAAAAUGACAGUGCAUGAGCACCUACGGAACCUGAUCAACUCCCCCAGCGUCCAGAUGCAGGAUAUUCCUCCGGAUCUUCUGAGUCUGGAGAACACGGAGGAACACGAUCCAGAUAUUAGAAAUCACCAAGAUCAGACGGACAAAAGAAUUGAGGCCAACAAUGAAUUUUUUGAUGGAGAUCAAGACAACGACAAAGAUGGCUUCCUGGAUGUCUGACAAACAGUGAUAUCUAGAGACAUCUGAGACACGUCAGAUUUAAAGGCAGCAGAUGCGUUUUAUAGGUGUUGUUGAUCAUCGGUCACUCAUCAGUGUGGAUUGAUUAUCGAUCAUACAUGACAGACAGUAUGGACAUACUUAUUUUCAGUUUUGAAUGGUUGGGUACUUUUAAAAGCACACAGAAGCUUCUUCAAGAAGUCAUGAAACAUGGGGCCCGCAGUGUGUUCAGACUGUUGUAAACAGAAUGUAUACUUGUUUGUACAGGAGACUUAAUGGAUCACAUUAUGUUCAUGUUGUUUUGUAUUCACUUUUUAAAAAAACUUGACUGAGUAGAAAUGUACAUUUUUCUAAUUGAAUGCAUGUGUAUUAAGUGUUUGAAUGUUUUUCAUUGAGUAUCUGUAUCAAGAAUGUUUAUUUACAAAAUCACAAAGAAAUGUUAUAAAGAUAAAUGAAGUUUUACUUAAUAAUAGCAGGCGAUCCUCCCCCCUCCCUGAAAUGUAUCUUAAUUUCAUUUUAUUUCAAACUAACAAGAAAAAUUAUGUGUUCCUUAAAUUACAAGAAAAAGAUCUUUGUUAUGCAAGACACUCUGGUUUAUCUCCAGCAGUAUGUAUUGUACUUGAAUGUAAUAAAUGUUUAAAAUCAA